AUGACUUUAUUGUACCAAAAGCUACCCACCAGCUACACUUUCGUGCCACCGUCGUUCUCGUCACUCCAAUUACACGACCUGCUCUGGUAUCUGCUCUGGUGCGCAAUCUGCACCUCUUCAACAAUUAGACAGACAAUGGAUCUUGCGAGCCUACGCGUCAAAGAGCUCGCAGAUAUCUGCCGCAAAUUCGGUCUCCGUACAAGUGGACGCAAAGCGGACCUAGUAGAGCGGAUACAGGCCAACGCCACGUACCAAGCAGACGUGGCAGCAUUGGCCAAAUUGGGCAUCAGCAAAGGGCAUAAAGAGAGCCACAAUGACAGAAAAAGAGGACCCAGCCAUAAUUAUGCCGACAGCAACAAGAAACCGAGAUUCAAACAGGAAGACAACACAACAAUCGAUUUAAUCUUUGCUCGUUUUCAAGACUUAGAAGUGGAGGAACCUACGAUUACGGAAGAGGGUAUUUUAGUCAUGUGUGAUGCAUUAGGAAUUGAUGCACAAGAUCCUGUUAUGCUGGCGCUAAGUUGCGUAAUGGAGGCAGCUACUAUGGGUACCUACACGCAAUCAGAAUUUCGACGUGGGAUGCACAGACUGCACUGCAAUACAAUUGAAGAUUUGCGUGCUGUACUUCCAGCUCUGCGGAGCCAAUUGCACGAUCGUGCUGAGUUUUCUACUAUUUAUUCGUUUACGUUUGGAUUUUCAAAAGAUCCAACACAAAAGAGCUUGGCACUUGAUCUGGCGAUAGGAUUGUGGGAUCUUCUACUUCCUGGGCACUUUUACUGGCGUCGACAUUGGCUGCAAUAUGUUCGACAGCACGCGCGUAGUGUAGUGUCAAGAGAUCUGUGGCUCCAGGUGCUCGACUUUGGCCACCAGAUCAAGCCAGAUAUGAGCAAUUACGACGAAAAUGGAGCAUGGCCUGUGCUACUGGACGACUUUGCUGUUGACAUGCUACAAAUUAUUAAAACCAAAGGGCUUACGGUUGCGCAGAAUGAAGAGGAUACAAUGUCUAGCCAAGACAUCAACAAAAUUGAUGGUGGUGAGAACAUGAUCGUAGAUGAGUGA